AGGGAUGAUGGGAUGAUGGUGAGUCUCGAGUGUCUCAGAGAGACUCCUCUGAUCAGCAUCAAGCAGCAGCUCUUCACUGAAGCCAGGAAGUACCCGCUCUACCACCUGCUGCAGGAGGAGUCAUGUUACAUCUUUGUGGGUGUGACCCAGGAGGCAGAGAGGGAGGAGUUCUAUGAUGAGACGAGGCGGCUGUGUGACCUCCGACUCUUCCAUCCGAUCCUGAAGGUCAUCGAGCCACUCGGCAACCGCGAGGAGAAGAUCCUCAACCGAGAGAUAGGUUUUGCCAUCGGGAUGCCGGUCUGCGAGUUUGAGAUGAUGAAGGACCCUGAGGUUCAGGACUUCCGGCGCUCCAUACUGAGCGUGUGCAGAGAGGCCAUGGAGGAGCGCGAGGGGGGUGGGGCCCACAGCCAGGCGCUCUACGUUUACCCCCCCAACGUGGAGUCCAGCCCCCAGCUGCCCCCCCACAUCUACAGCAAGCUGGACAAAG